AGAGAUGGAUAGAGAGAUGGGAGAGAGGGACAGAAUCAUUCAUACUGCCAGAGUUGCUGGAAGAGUUGUGCGUUCAUAUCUCAACUUUGUUCACUGAUUUUCCUGCUGGAUUCAUAUGGACUUGGGCUAUCUUCUGUGCUGGAUUACUCAGGACACUGGACUAAUUAUCUCAAAGGAGUAAUUAAGACAUUCAAUUUACCAUCACGCUGGAUUGAUUAAAACACUGGACUAGUUUGCAGGCUGGAUUAAUUAAAACCUGGACUAUUUAUCACACUCGACUGAUUAUGGGACUCUGGACUAAUUGAAGCACUGGAUUCCUUUGAAUUAAUUUAAACUAGAAGCUACACACUAGUACACGGUGGCUCAGGAUGCCCGCGAUAGUGAACCUGCUCUUCGAGUCAGUCUCGGCCGACACCACCAUCUGUCUCUCUCACUCCCUGUCUCUCUCUCUCUCUCCCUGUCUCUCUCUCAGGUGGCUCAGGAUGCCCGCGAUAGUGAACCUGCUCUUUGAGUCGGUCUCGGCCGACACCACCAUCUGUCUCUCUCACUCCCUGUCUCUCUCUCUCUCUCCCUGUCUCUCUCUCAGGUGGCUCAGGAUGCCUGCGAUAGUGAACCUGCUCUUUGAGUCAGUCUCGGCCGACACCACCAUCUCCUUCUCGCUGGUGCUGCCGCUGUUCAGCGUGCUGGCGCUGCUGGCGGGGGUGGGGGGCCACCUGCUGGUCUGGCUGGUGCUGCUGCGCCAGCGCCAGCGCCGGGCCCGGCCCAGCUCCGUGCUGCUGCUCAACCUGAGCCUAGCGGACCUGGGUGCGCUGCUGGCACUGCCCUGCGUGCUGCUGACCGCGGCCGGCCGCGGCUGGCGCCUAGGCGGCCACACCUGCGUCUUCCUGGCCUUCUCCACCUCGCUGACCGCCGGCGUGGACAUCUUCAGCCUGGCCGCCAUGUCCGUGCUGCGGCACCGCAUCGUCACCGCGCCCGCCAGCCCCCCACUGCGGCCCUGGCACCUCGCGGCGGUGCUGGCGGUGAUCUGGCUGGUCGCCGUGACGAUGGCCCUGCCGAAGGUCACCUAUGUCCAGUUUGACAGCCACUGCACCUGGGCGGUGGGGCGGGGCCAGUGGCUGGGGUUUCUGGUGCCGGCCUUCCUGGUCUACUACGUGGCGCCGCUGGUGACCAUCGCGGUGAACUGCGGCCGCAUCGUGCGGCACCUGCGCCACGCGCCCACGCCGGGGGGCACGACCUUCACCGCCGCCCGCCGCAACAAGAAGGCCACCGCGCUGCUGAUCGGCUCCACGCUGGCCUUCGCGCUCAGCUGGCUGCCCUACUACGCCCUGGAGUUCGUCAACCUGCCUCCGCCGCUGGAGCCUCCCGGGCCCCUGGAGCUCCUGCCCACCCCCUUCCCCCCAACCGCUGCCCCUCACAGCCCCCCCUCAGGGCAACAGAACCUCCCAGCCCUCAAGGUCAUCUGCACCUUCAUCAUCACCACCAUCAUCAUCAACAAAACAGCCUUCACCAUCAUCACCAUCGUCAUCAUCAGCUGA